UUGUCGAAAUUACGGUUUGUAAGCAAUUUUCAGACUAUUUUUUUACGUUUGCUAAGUGUUUACUGAUGGUGUGGGCAACGCUAGACAUGCUGAAAUUAAAUAACUGGAACAAAAUAAUCAUUCAAGGAAGAAAGAACAUGUUUCAAUUACCUGUACCUCAUUAAUAUAGAUUGAAUUUGUACGAGGAACACACGGCUUUACUAAGAGUAAAAUGAAGGUCAUUUUAAUUGUACAUUUGACCUAUAGCUGGAAAGCUUUCCAACACUCCAACUUCACCGACCGGAACAUGGGUAAGAAGACAUGAACAUUUUUUUAUUGCCAUUAAACCAUACCACAACUUUGUCUUUGUAGGCAUCACGAUAACGGAAAGGAACAAAUACGGGCAGGUGGCAUUAUGUCUCGACGCCUACAACUGGGUCAUUCCCGAAAAAAAAAAUACCACCAUCAAACAAAACCAAAAAACCGAAUUCCCCGUUCACGACCGGGAGCAACUAACCCGAUUGAGUUAUUGCAAUCGGUUCAUUUACUGUUGGGCACCCGAAUGUGCUGAAAUGCAGAAGGUGAUCCAUCGUGGUUUGAUCACGCAGGACGCCGCACCCAACAUACGGGAACGGAGAGAGAAAAACAAACCAACCAACCAAGCCAGCGUUGAUGCGUUGCUCGGGACAGCGACCAGCCCUUUGAGCAUUUCUUCAGUACAAUUUGUCCACCCUCCGCCCCGGGGAAGGUAUGUUGAUUUUUUGUUUUAUUUUUCAACUGCGGAAGUUAGAAGCGUGGUGUAUGCCGUCCAUCCCUAACAGACAUUACCCGUUCUUGGGGGUGGUUUGAAAGAGAUAGCAAAAGUAUGCGAGAGUAUGUAUGUGUGUGCCAGGUUGCGUUAGGAAUGGGGAAGCAUCGGUUUAGUCGCGCGUUGUUCGUCCGCCGGAUCGGUAACGGAUUUUCCGACGGCAGGUUUUUUUUUGUACGGGUGUGUCAUACGUGCCGCGAUCGUUACAGUUAUUGGUAAUGUUUUAACCCUCCUUCCCAAAAAAAAACCCUUGGCGUGCGUGAUCACUGCAGUCUGUAGAGUGCGCUUUGUUGGUGAUUAAAAUACGUUGUGCUGUCAUCAUUAGUGAUAAAAAAAUGCGAUAAUUAGAAAAUAUAAAUAUACCAGAACGAAAAUGCAACAGAUGGAGAGUGAGCUGCAAAGAAGUGAACAAAUAAAAAUAAAUCAGAGCGCAAUGUAUAAAAUAAAUAAAUGAGUACAACAAAAAAAGGGAAAAAAAUCAAGUAUGGUGAUCGUUAUACAUCCAACUAUAAAUAAAGUUGUGUAAGUGUAAGUGAUUAUUACAAAGUGUGUUUUAGUGAAGAAGCAAAAUAAGUUCUCAAUUAUUGCUGCUAAUUACAACAUGAAUCAAAUGAAAGUGAAAAUAUAAAAAGGAAUACAAGCAGAUAAGAUGAAUAGUAACAGCAACGAGGGAAAGACAUCGACAGCAUCGAUUUAUCGUUUGUUGCAGAAUCCGGCACCGAUAUGUAUGUUUUAUUUUGCACAUCCUUUUGGCAUCGCUUCACCGGCCAGUGGAGCGAAACUGGCCCAAGUUCGCGAUGAUGCCACGAAAGGAUGCUCCAAAAAUGCACCCACGGAAGAAGCUAUCAGUGCAAAAUGUACCACCACCGCCGCCAAUGGUACGGUGAAUAGUGACCAAAGGUUACGAAAAUCGAACGGAAAGUUAGCUGACGGUGUACGGAAUCCUUCCAAAUCACAUCGGAAAAUUAAUGGCAUAUGCAGUGGUGUGGUUGACUCGAAACAUCAAUCGCACCAGUCGCACCGGGAUCCGGCGAAGAAGCAUAAAAAGCAUCGAACACAUCGUAGAAUUAGCAACUUUGAAAAGUUUCUGCUCGAAAUUCAACAUUCGCACACGUGUGGACGAGGUUCGCCGAAGGUGCGGCACAUCGAUCGUGAAGAUCGUCUAACACCGCUCGUACCGUGGCCAAGCAUCAUCUGGAAUCGAGAUUUUCUCAUUCCUACGUUGCUGCAAGCAUUGGCACAGCAGCAUGGCCGAAAAAUACCCGACAUCGAGCAGAUCCUGCGUACGGUUCGAUCCGCCUGGAAUACACCGAAAUCGCAACGAUCACAUUUGCAAAGCCAAGACAGCCGGGAAUCGUCCGCAUCGAACUGGGACCUAUCGAGCUUCUGCGAUAGUUGCAGCCUUAACCCAGUUCACCCCAGGAUGGGUGCGGGAACGUACGCGAAUGCGGCCAGCCCCGGGCCGGGAUUACUUCGGAGGCGUUAUUCGGUACCGGAAAUCAUUAUGCGCAAGCAUACGCUGGCACAGCAGAAAACGGAUGAUGAAUCCCUGUGGCUGCACCAUGACACCAAUCACAAUGUGAUCGAAGUGGUGGUGAACAAACACACGGGCACGGCUUCGGCCCGAGGAAUGCUGAACGGACGGUUCAGUGGUCACCAGCGGACACCACCGCACCGGAAGUCCUUCGGUUUGCGACAUCACCGGGACCACCACAGUUCCAUGACUGGUCGCAGCAGUAGCGUGGAAAGUGGCGGUGGAGGAGUCGAACGUGCCGGAAGUAACGAUUGGUUGGCGGGGACGGUACAAACGGGAACACUCACAGCGACCGGUUCCGACCCGAACCUGGCCGCCCUGAAGCAUCGGAAUCUGGCCGGAGGACGGUGUAGCAGCCCGCUGUGCAAUGGUAUCGGGUCAAGCCGUGCCGUGGCCACCGGGACCGGAGGUAGUUUACGAUCUAUCCACAAUAAUUCUCUCAGUUGCAGUAGCUCUAGCAGUGUGAACGGUGGGCCCCUUGCCAAUGGUGGCGUCGUUGGUGGUGUUGGUGUUGUUGCCGGUGUUGGUAGUUGUGGCGGUCAGCAGCAGCACUAUCCGCUGGUGCCUGCGUACCGGGACGGUGACUUCUCCAUGCGUAAGACGACGCUGUUGCGGCGCAUGUGGAGCCGAGAGUUGCGGCGCUACGAACGCUCUGGUAGCUGGUCGCCACCGUUGCGCCGAACGCCGCCCCGCAUUUACAGCGUCGAAAGCAUCAUCGCCUCGGUCGAAGGACACCAAAGUCCAUCGCGUGCGGACGAUAGCGAGAGCGUGCUGGGGGAACGGGUGGCGGGCCGACCGGGCAGCAGUGGUAGCGGCAGCAGCGUCGGUAGUGGUCGUUGCGCUACCACGGCAACGACGACGACGACUGGUACGACCGACACGACCGGUACGACCUCGUGCCUUGAGUGCGCCAAGCUCGAACGUCAGUACAACGGUGGCUUCGGUACGGGCAAGAAGUUGCUCACGCGUACGCCUUCCCGCGAUAUCGACUGUACCGCGGGUCAAGCAUCGGGUGUCCCGAGUCCGGUUCACGUCUCUCCCACCGAUCCGGCCACGGUCGAUGACCGGCGGCAGCGGCGCCGACGACGCAUGUGUUCCUCGCAAACGGCCGACCUUGGCGAAUCGGAGCCGAUCAUACUGGCAGCUGUUUCGGCUGCGGCCCCAACUGUCCUUGAGGGUGACGAACACGAACGGGAGGACGUCAAUCGCCGCGUGAACGAUCACGACGUUGACGACGACCUCGAGGACGAGUAUCCUUCGCACAGUAGCUCAGUAUCGUCGAUAGCGUCACAAUCGUACCGCGUACCGUCGGCAACGCGCGUUCGACCCGCCGACAACGAGAGUGAUUUGAGCGAGUUCCUGCAACAGGAACGGUUAGCUGGGGCGGAUGGCGAUGGGCGUGAUCGCCCGCCUGCUCGGGAAGUUACUGGUGUCCGCGUUGGUAGUGCUGAUGCUAGCGAUUAUCCUCGAGAACGUGCUUCGGUUGCUGAUGGCACUGCAGGAGCAGCAGCAGCAACAGCAGCAGCAAGAGCUCCGGCACCAGUCGAACCUUCCGAACCAGCAGCAGUAGAGCAACAGUUUCCACCGGGCAGCAAACGCCGUCCAAGUGAGGACAGUAGUGUUGCGCUAAGUGCUGCUCUCUCAGAAGACUCAGAUUCCGGUGAAGAGGCCGGUAGUGAAACGGGGAUUCAGGGUCAAACGGUAAACGGUGUUGCUGAUGCAGAACGUGCCCGAUUGGAUGAGUACAUUUCUGGGCUGCUCCUGGACAAUCUGAACAAUCUCGCUGACGCUAAAGAGCUCGUCCUGGCAACGGAUGUACGUGACGGUGAGACCGAAAUACUCGGCGUUUACAGUGAACGACGUGCGCAGUUGAGAGAACCGAAACAGACGACGGUAGAAUCUGAUCGACAAAAUAAUAAUAAUCAAUUUCUCGCUUCGGAACCACAGUUCGGUGGUACGAUGAAGCAAAAGCUUACGGAAAAGUACAUCGGUGAUGGGGGUGGUGUAGUGUGCAACUCUCCUCCACAAUCGGACAAACGUAAGCUUUCACCCAAACUAGGUGCUGGUGAGGAAGUAGAAUGUGAUAAGGAGAACGAGGAAGAUGUUGCUAACAACAACAACAACAACAACAACAACAACAAGAAUAGUAAUCAAAAUAAUAAUAGUGAUAAUGGCCCAAGUGAGCGUGGACACCGACGGCAGAAGCAUCGUUCGAAGGGAAAUGGUUUCUUCUUAAGAUCCGGCAGUCGAUCACCUCGAGCAAUCGAUGCAACAAUCAAUGGUGGGGCGGCCGAAAUAGAUUUGAAUGGCAAAUAUUACUUCCCGGCGUACGGGCUCGAAACGGAUCCGUCCGACAAUACGGACAUUGCGUCAGAACCGGAAGGCUUGGUGUUGGGCAAGAUUGGUACGGGCUCCACGUACGAUCGGGGAUCUGUGGUGGUUCCGCGCUUUUCCGCAAUGCCACGCACCGAAUCGAUGGAAGUGCAACCAUCCUCUACCAAUUCGGCCGAGGACGAUGUCGAUGGUGCCGAUGGUGCCGGCGAACGUGACGAAGAGGACGAUGAGGACGAGAUCGAUGAUUCGGAUGCGAGCAGUUUGGUGGACAGUUUGGAUGGAUUUGGACCACCGCAGUUGGUGGAGUCCGUAACGCGAACUCGAAAGCCUAGACAACCGAAAGCCGAUGUAGGCGAAUCGACCACAAGUUCAACCGAUCGAUCACCAAGGCACGAAAAGGGUGAGGCGUUCUUCGUACCGAUACACGCUGAAACGACGGCAGCUUUACGGAUCGAUGAGCGUGUAGUCGUAGCUGAUACGAUGCCGUUGCGCAUAAAAGAACGGUUAAACAAUCGGCGACGUUUGAUGAAGUGGAAACAGGAGCAGGAGAAUCUCAAGAAGCAGCGCAAAAUGAUGCGACUAAUCGAGCAGAAGCGAUUCUACGGUGAGCCGGCAAUACAGGUGAUCAGCACAAUCGAUAAGUCGAUCAGCCGCAAGGAGUUUAUUCCACCCGGUGCCAAGAAGAGCGUAUUCGGUGGUGCCAGUACUGCGGUUAUACGUGACACGUCCACUCCUUCGGCACCUACACCUUUCCGGGCGAUGAAACCGAAGAAGCGCGCUGGUGGUGGACCGGCAGCUACGGGAUCUGCAUUACGUUCCGAGCUGGGGAUGUUGGAGUCGUACAAGAUUGACGGGAAGGGUAACAUGCAGAUACAAAACACAGCUUCCGGUGCAGGUGGACGAAAAGGAGGUGCUGGUCCACCAUCAGUCGCAGCGAAGAAUCCGUGGGGUAUGACUGCCGAUAAGCGCCAGGGGAAACCUCCUCAAACUCAUUCUACUGCUUCGACUACGGUCGGUAGUUCCGGUCGUACGAGUACGGGCCGUACAGGCACUGGAAAGGCACCACCCACAACUGACGGACGUCGUCGACAGCAGGUGUUGAAGGAUGUGCAACAGAUGACACUCUAUCCACAGGCGGAUCUUACGCCAGAUAUUGAAGGAGGGCCGCGCCGUGUUUACCAGAAGACAGAAAUCCAGGAAGGUGAUAAGCACAUUGAAAUAUUGGAGAUCGUGGAGUGUGCCGACAGUGCACCGCGGAAUCGGCACGGAAGUGUAAGGCCACCACGUGUACACAGUGGUGGUCGACGUCACGAACGCGGUGGAGGUAGAGGAGAUUCCGGUAGUAGACAUCGAUCACGCAUUCCCGUCCCAAUUUACCGAUUCGGACAGUACCGUCGUAGUACACAUUCGCGGGAUGGUAGUCCACUCUCGACUGGCAGCAAUCCAAAGGUAGACCGAAUGAUUGCCGAUCUGUUGCUGGAGGCGUUAACCAAUCCGGAAGAGGUCGGUGUAAAGUUAGUCCGAACACCGGAAGCUUUGCGGGACGCUUCCCGUGCAUCGUCCAAAUCCAGACCAUCUGGUGCUUCCACGUCCAAGAAAUCGGUCUCCACAACUGGUAACAGUGGUGGAAGUGGCAAUAGCGCGAAUAACAACAACAACCUUUUAACACCACGGCGCACUGCCAGCGGACGUUACACGCAAAAGUUUGAGGUAAUCCCGGAAGAACGGUCCAGCGUUUCGAUCGAGUCUUCUACCGAGGAACUAUCCACCGGUGGUGGUCGUAAGAAGGGUCCACAUCCUUCACCGCGGCGUGUCAGUUUUGACGAAAAUCAUCAGAUAUUGAACCGGGACGAACUGGAGGCUCCUGGUGGAACGACACUUGUCGUUCCGACUCCUUCACCCAAGCGUCAAUCGGUAACAUCAUCGCCCGCGAAAAGUCCAACCCGAAGUCAACCGGUGGCCGGCGUGAAGAAACAAGGCACGGCUACGGUUAUGACCAGCGCUGGCAACACUGGCACGACCAACACCAACACCACGACCACGACCAGCCGGGGCAAGGCGGCAAUCCAGAGUGACGUGAUCGAGGAGAAGGGAUGGAUCGGGUUCAGUACCCAGCAUGAGGAUAUGGCCACACCGGUCCACACCGGACAGGACGAUGAAGACACAAGACUCCACAUCGUGCCGCGCGGCGCACUAGAGCAAGCCCCUUCCCGUAGCCCACCGCACAACGGUAGAAGUGUAGUAAGGACGAUCACCAUCGGCAACUGUGUGCCGGAGGCGAUCGAACACCAUCGGGCCCGAAUACCCGACCAUUCGCACAUCGUUUCUAAUUCCUCCCCCCACGGUGACGGUAUCGCUCUCGGUGCUGAUGAUGGUCCCACUUGCAACGCGUACGAUGACAUCCGGGACGUUCAUCAUCAUCCUGCCUCAACAGCAGAUUCAUUCGUAACGGAUAGUUUAAAUACCAAACUAACGCCUGCCUCCGGACCAUCCUUUCCUUCAUUGCCCACGUCGGCGAUUCGAUGUUGUGAAACAUUAGUCGAAACCGGACGACAAACAAAUGGUGAAAAACAGCGAAACGGUAAAGAACCAGGUGAAAUUGUCUCGUACCAACAUCACCAUCACCAUCAUCGAUUACCAGCGCCACCAUUUCAGCACCAGAUACGUGAAGAAAAUGCCUGGCAAGUGUUCCAGACGGGCGACUGUAAGGUGAUCCAAUCGAAGAUCGAGUACUACGAAACCUCCAUCCACCGCACACCGCUAACGACUGGUGGUGGUGAUGGUGGUGAAUUCUUCACGUCCGAAACGACCGCCCUCUGCCCACACACGGCACCACUCUCAACGGCAGACUCGCUGGAAGAGAUGGCACGUUCGAGUACGGGAUCGUGGCAUCGGCAACGUACCACCAGCUUCGGUGCUGGUUCGGAUGCUCCUCCCAAAACGUCCGAUACGACAUGUUCUUCCUGUUGCUUCUGCAAUCCGGAGCUUCACAAUCAUGGUGCCAGCCUAAAGUCGAUCACUGACGGGUGUUUCUACUGUCGGGCAAAACUCGGCCAAUCUCCUACACGUAGUUUCCCGGCACCACCAACACCUCCCAACAUACAGACAUCUCCGGUUCCACCAUCACCGCAGACACCAAUCACAGAGCUAACGCCAACACCUUCACUCCACGAGAUAGCAGUUCCAGUGCGGAAGAGUUCACUUGCACCACGACCCGUUGGAAAAGAUGUAAAGAUAAACGAACCAAAUGUUCCAGCACGUGAGGACAUCCCGUCUAGGAGAUGUGAUGUACCACCCAAAACUAAACAUCCAAAACCUUCUUCGGAUGCGUUCGCGGACAAAUUAGGUAAACGUUCUACUGUCAAAAGUUCCACCUCCAACGCGACCGUAACAACGGUGACGGGUAGUGAAGAGGGACCACAAAAGCCAUUGCCACCAGUACCGGGAGCACAAACACCAAAGAUGGCACGUAAAAAACCAAACGAACCGGGGGCUGUGCUAAAUCGACCCAAGUACACGAACCAUCUGACCCGUGCCACCACAGUCGUACAGUCGGUACAGAAGGAAAUCAAGAAUGAGCUACGGGCACCGAUUCGUGUAUUACCCAAGACAGCGAAGGAGGUUAACAAUCGGAAGGAAAAGGAAAGGCAGAUUGGUUUAAGCCUGCCGAAAGACUACGACUGUCGUACCCGUCCACCGGUGAACGUUGUCGAGGAUGAACCGAUGCUGGUGGCAGGUGGAUCGGCUGAAACACACGGUUACGAUAACGAAACGACCAGUUCCGAUACGUCCGAUGGUAACUCAACGGCAGACAGCACCCCAAAUGUAAGUCCUUUCAAGCGACCGAACCUUCAGCAGCAGCAGCAACAACAAUCAUUACAAUCCUCACAACCACCAACGGCGGCUACACGCUGGAAGACGAAUAGUGAGCGCAAUCUGUCACAGCUGGCCAAACAGAAGCUGGUGAGCGCAAGCCGUUGGGGUAGCAAGUGGCGAAAGGGAGUUACUAAGGACUCACAGCAGCUUGAACAGACGGAUAGGAGCCAACUUGCAGGAGAUGAUGAAGUUAUGGCAUCGGUGGGCAGUUGCAGUGAGUUGAGUCCGUUAAAAACGGGAACUAGCGGUGGAGGUGGUGGUGUUGGGACAAUAGGUUCUACGGCCGGUACGACAACAUCGAACAUCAUCAGUGGGAUCACACAGUCAAGCUCCAACCAAGGCUGGACGGUGACGGUGGCUGGAAACUACAAUCCUGAGAUGGCCCCGGAUGUUGAGAUGAGACUCAGCUUCCCCAAGGGUGCAGCAGGUGCUGGAAGUGGUGGCAAGUCGGCUUUGACUAGCUCGGCCGCUACUGGUAGCUUAAGUCAUGCACCCAGCGGUAGCUAUACUAACUCAAACGGACCUUCUACUGCUGCUGGACGGAAUCGCCAGACACAUCAGUUUGUGGAUGGUGAUCCUCUGGACGGUAUUGGGUAUCCCGGUGCCAGUAGGAGUACUUCCCGAGCUGGUGCCUUACCUCCAACAUCAUCACAGGCACCGGGUAUCCUUAAUCCGCGACGCAACCUAACACGCUCCGAUGGAACAGGUGCUGGUACCACAACCAAGGAUUAUCGUCUUCCGAAUGUUGGUUCAACGCACAACAUUCUGGCAAGACCAACGGCGAGGAAAGCGAUCAAGACGGUCGAAUGUAGUGUCGUGGCGUCCGCAACUCGCACCAUCGCCAACAGCUACCACCAGCUGUCUCACCAGCAUCAGGCGGCAAACAGUGGACAGCAGCAGCAGCAACAUUAUUUGGCUUCGCGUGCGCCACCGAUGGCAACGGGGCGCGGUGGUCGUCCACGGCCCAGCAAUCCGUUGCUUCCUCAGCCUACCGCACAAGUACUCCAUCCCACAUUGCAAAAUGGGAGCGGUGGAAAGUUUCUCUCAUCGUCCUCCCCUUCACUAGUGUCUCAGCAGCAACAUCCAUCGCAGCGCUUUCACCAUACCGAACCAUCAUACCAUCUAGAAGACUAUGGCAAUGUUUACUACGGACACCAGCAGCAACAAUCCCAUCCGAGACGAAUGUCACUUGACAGCCAGCAGCAGCAGCAACAUCAGGCAGGAUCGCCCAUAGCAACGGAUUGCCUGUCGGUCAUGGGUAAUGCGAUCGCACCAGAGCUAAAACCCAGGGUACCUACCAUGAGCGAACGGGAUCUUACACGCAGGCACCACGUGUGCUAUACCCGCACACAGCCUUACUUUUCCUAAGGCGUAGCAUAAGGACACUAGCAUACGGUAUGCCAUGUAGAGCAGGAAAAGGAUUCUACGUUUGGCGAUGACAAUUCUCAGGACAGGUGUAAGCAACUACAGUGCGAUGUGGUGGCCCAUCUUUCUCCAUUAACCAGUUGACAACAAUCCUUCAGCAAUGGACCUUCACAUUUGUUUUUAGUGUAAGAAAUAGUGCAUUUUAGUAAAUAAAAACACAACAUUAGAAUGUAA